AAUUACCGAAUGAUAAUUCACUCAAAGCCUAGCAUGGAUCCUACCAUAAUUCUUAUUUCAAGGAAAUAAAAAAAAAUUAAAUUCAGAGAAAAUGAUAAUUUCGUGUAAACUCACAUGACAAGGAGAGUUAUUCACGAAGUCGGCGAUUCCUGUUGGUUAAGAAGCCGACUGAUAGCACUGAAUAUAAAAUACCAAUUAAUCAAGUCACCACAGACAGCCCAUUCAUUCACACAUUAAUUUCACUGUAAUUUUGUAAUAGGGUUGUCGGUUGAAUUCAAAGAAGAACAAAAAUCCAUUCCGUCUCACAUAACCUCGAAACAGUAUCUGCACAAUUACCUAUUGUGCAGCGUCCUCACGUUUCAUUCUACGGAACUUUGUCUCUUCUCUCUCUCUAAACGAAUAUAUAUUUUCUGCUUUAGGUAACGUAUUUCACUGCACAAAGAAUGGCCUAAGACUGAGUUACGAAGCUCCGGCAGAAUGUGCUAUGUGAUAGUCACCGGUCGUAGCCUAUUAUGGACAUUGUUGUCUUUGGCGGCAUUAACGGCUGUUUUAUCAGCCCUUAUCACGCCGAGAUGGCUGAUAGGACCACCGACAACAAAACAUACCAAAAAUGGCACGGUACUCUACUCGCCUACGGUGGGAAUAUUUAAUCGAUGCACAAGACUCUACGGCAGGACACACUGUGCAAACUUCAACGCGGAUGGCCUGGCGACAGACUCCAAAGUAUUUCCCGAAUGCUGGAAAGCAACUCUCUUCUUCCUGUCGUUGGGACUGGCCAUUAUGACAGUUACAGUUAUGGCCGCGCUGCUUGGGUGUUGCGUGCAGAGCAUCGGUCGAAAGAGUAUCUUCAAUCUGGCUGGAGUAGCACAGGCUAUUGCCGGUAUCAUUUAUCUGCUUGGAAUAAUCUUAUAUGCCGCUGGAUGGGGUGCAGAGAGAGUACGGAGAAUGUGUGGAGUCGAAUCAGAUGCAUUUUAUCUCGCUGAUUGCAGUCUUGGUUGGGCCUUCUACAGUGCUGUGAUUGGGGUGCUGUUGACUUUCGUGUGCGCGGUGCUGAGUGGGCAGGCUGAGAAAUCCACAGCCAGUGAUAAGGUCCAAGAUAAGAUGAACGAAGGGAAGACCUUAAUUUGCCUUGCGUGAGGAAAUCAUUCAGAGGACUGUAAGGGAGAAGAUUAUUAAUGAAUGAAGAGGUGUCUGAUGGGAUGAGACAUAGAGCUGAGACCAAAUACUGAAAUUACGAAGAGACAUUUGGAUGUUGUUUUAGUCAUUGAAAAUAUUAUUGAUCAAUGUGAAUUUAAUUUACAUAUACACUGUAUAUCAAUCUGUUUUACCGUCGUGUCGGUAACAAGACAUCAAAUUAACUUUACCAACUGUACCGACUGAGUUUACCGACUGGAAUCAUAUGUCGUGACCAAUUGAGUUCAGCAGUCGAAUUGAGUCAAGUAAAAAAAAGUCGUCGUCUAAUUGAAAUAGAUAUUUAGAUGACGUUAAAAGUAUCAGUUGAUAGAUAUUGCAAACUGGUUUCUAUUUUUCUAAGUAAAGGUGACGUCCUGUAAACUAGUGGACGUAAUCAUUUUUUCCCCUCAUUUCACUAUGUAUUUCAAGAGAUACUCGUGUUCGUAAAAGCAGCACAGUGUAUAUCUUAAGGCUUGCCCUUAUUCGGUGUCAUUACUGUGUACGAAAGUGCGUGUUAUAAUUGUUGUUAUAUAAAGAUAUUUAUGCGUGAAAUGAUUUACUGUAACGUACGACCAAUGAUUGUUCAUGUGGCGAAUAAAUAAUACUUGCUAAAAAAGAAUAAUAGUCGAUUUGCCGUUACUUAGUUUCAAGUCUCCACACUCGAGCAGGAUUUUGGAUGUUCUGAGGAAAAUAUUUUAAAGAAAUGGACUUGGGUAUUUUAAAGCGUGAUUAAAAUUGUCAGAUAUGUCACGCCAAUCAAAAAAUGUAUUACAAAUGUAUCUUAUCGUCUAGCUUACAAGGGAAAGGAUCUUCGGGGCCAUUUUAACGUAAGGUUCGUUCGUUUGUAAUUUAUAAAUAAAAAUUUCUGUACACCUUCAA